GCGCGGCUGGGCGGGCCCGGCGGUGGCUGGCGCUGAUGUUCUCUGAGGUCACCGCUCCUCUCCUCUCCGCUUCUCCCCGCCGCCCUGCUCCGAUCGAGCUUCCCGAGGCGCCUGACGGCUCGCUUCGUUCUUCGCUUCGGCUCGGGCAGGAGCUUGGAUGAGCCGGGUCUCGGCGGCGGGCAUGCGGCGCCUGUCCGUUUCUCUUCCCGGCUCUCCUCCCGAUGUGUCUUCUAGCGGCCGGCGGGGCGUUGCGGACUCCUACCUGGGCUGGGCGGAGCGCUCUCGGCGUGCCGGGGCUUUGCAGCAUCCUGCGGGCGUCUGCAUGAUUUAAAGCGAGCGGAACCCACCGGCGGCGGCGACGGCGGCGGCUGCCUUUGUCUCGGCCGAGAGCAUGUGGGUGAACCCGGAGGAGGUGCUGCUGGCGAACGCCCUGUGGAUCACGGAGAGGGCCAACCCUUACUUCAUCCUGCAGAGAAGAAAGGGGCACGGAGGAGAUGGCGGCAGCGGAGGGAUCGCCGGUCUCCUUGUGGGAACUCUUGAUGUUGUGCUGGAUUCAAAUGCAAGGGUAGCCCCAUACCGAAUUCUAUACCAGGCUCCAGACUCUAUGAUAUACUGGACUAUUGCCUGUGGUUGUUCAAGGAAAGAAAUAACUGAAAACUGGGAAUGGCUUGAACAGAAUUUACUACAAACUUUAUCUAUCUUCGAAAAUGAAAAUGAUAUAAACACAUUUGUCAGAGGAAAAAUACAGGGUAUCAUCGCAGAAUAUAACAAAAUCAAUGGUAUCAGGGAAGAUGAUGACACAGAGAAAUUCAAAGAAGCAAUAGUGAAGUUCCACAAAUUGUUUGGGAUGCCGGAGGAAGAAAAACUAGUGAAUUACUACUCCUGCAGUUACUGGAAAGGAAAGGUCCCUCGCCAGGGCUGGAUGUAUCUCAGCAUCAACCAUCUGUGCUUCUAUUCCUUUCUCAUGGGGCGGGAAGCUAAGCUCGUCAUCCGGUGGGUAGACAUCACCCAGCUUGAGAAGAAUGCUACUCUGCUUUUGCCUGAUGUUAUCAAAGUCAGCACAAGGUCCAGCCAGCAUUUCUUUUCGGUAUUUCUCAACAUCAACGAAACCUUUAAGCUAAUGGAGCAGCUCGCCAACAUCGCCAUGAGGCAGCUUUUGGACAAUGAAGGCUUUGAGCAAGACCGGUCACUCCCCAGGCUUAAAAAGAAGUCCCCCAAAAAAGUAUCUGCUCUGAAACGGGACCUUGAUGCCAGAGCAAAAAGUGAAAGGUACCGUGCCUUGUUCCGACUUCCAAAGGAUGAAAAACUAGAUGGGCAUACAGAUUGUACUCUAUGGACACCAUUUAACAAAAUGCACAUUUUGGGUCAGAUGUUUGUGUCUACAAAUUACAUCUGUUUCACUAGUAAGGAAGAAAACUUGUGUAGUCUCAUUAUUCCACUUCGAGAGGUGACUAUUGUAGAAAAGGCAGACAGCUCAAGUGUAUUACCUAGCCCGCUAUCCAUCAGCACAAAAAACCGAAUGACAUUUCUCUUUGCCAAUUUGAAAGACAGAGACUUUCUAGUGCAGAGAAUUUCUGACUUUCUUCAGCAGACUACCUCUAAAAUAUACUCUGAAAAAGAGAUUUCUGGAAGCUACAAUAGCUCAGAUGAUGAGGUAUACUCAAGGGCAAGUAGUAUCCUUUCAUCAAGUCCUCAGAGAAGCUUUAGUUCAGAAGCAGAUGGAGAACGGCAUUUCAGCUUGAAUGGUAACAGCAUCCCAACUGUAACGCAGGCACUGAUGACUAUGUAUCGGCGGCGUUCGCCUGAGGAAUUUAAUCCUAAAUUAGCAAAGGAAUUUUUGAAAGAGCAAGCGUGGAAGAUUCAUUUUGCUGAAUAUGGCCAGGGUAUCUGUAUGUAUCGUACAGUGAAAACGAGAGACCUUGUGCUGAAAGGUAUUCCUGAAAGCAUGAGAGGGGAACUCUGGCUGCUCCUGUCAGGAGCUAUCAAUGAAAUGGCCACCCAUGCUGGCUAUUAUGAAGACUUGGUGGAGAAAUCCAUGGGCAAAUACAACCUUGCCACAGAAGAGAUUGAGAGGGAUUUACAUCGCUCUCUCCCAGAGCAUCCUGCAUUCCAAAAUGAAAUGGGUAUUGCUGCUCUGAGGAGAGUACUGACUGCUUAUGCAUUUCGAAAUCCAAACAUAGGGUACUGCCAGGCCAUGAAUAUUGUUACAUCAGUACUGCUUUUGUAUGCAAAGGAAGAGGAAGCAUUCUGGCUGCUUGUGGCUUUGUGUGAGCGCAUGCUACCAGAUUACUACAACACAAGAGUUGUUGGUGCUCUGGUGGAUCAAGGUGUAUUUGAAGAGUUAGCACGAGAUUAUAUUCCCCAACUCUAUGACUGCAUGCAGGAUUUAGGGGUCAUCUCCACAAUCUCCCUUUCCUGGUUCCUCACACUAUUCCUCAGUGUAAUGCCCUUUGAAAGUGCUGUAGUUGUGGUGGACUGUUUCUUCUAUGAAGGAAUAAAGGUGAUAUUCCAGUUGGCACUGGCAGUGCUAGAUGCAAAUGUGGACAAACUGCUGAAUUGUAAAGAUGAUGGUGAAGCUAUGACAGUGCUUGGAAGGUAUUUGGACAGUGUGACCAAUAAAGACAGCACUUUGCCACCAAUUCCUCAUCUUCACUCAUUGCUCAGUGAUGAUGUGGGGCCUUAUCCUGAAGUGGAUAUUUUCAGGCUCAUCAGAACAUCCUAUGAGAAAUUUGGAAGCAUAAGGGCAGAUUUGAUUGAACAAAUGAGAUUCAAACAGAGGCUGAAGGUGAUCCAGACACUUGAAGACACUACGAAACGCAAUGUGGUACGAACCAUAGUGACUGAAACCUCUUUUACGAUAGAUGAGCUAGAGGAACUCUACGCGCUUUUCAAGGCCGAGCAUCUCACUAGCUGCUACUGGGGAGGCACCAGCAGUGCCAUUGACCGCCAUGACCCAAGCUUGCCUUAUUUGGAACAGUACCGCAUUGACUUUGAGCAGUUCAAAGGGAUGUUUGCUCUCCUUUUUCCUUGGGCCUGUGGAACUCACUCUGAUGUUUUGGCUGCACGCUUAUUCAGAUUACUGGAUGAAAAUGGAGAUUCCUUAAUCAACUUCCGUGAAUUUGUCUCCGGGCUUAGUGCAGCUUGCCAUGGGGAUCUUACAGAGAAAUUGAAGCUGCUGUAUAAAAUGCAUGUUUUGCCUGACCCAUCUUCUGAUCCAGAAGAGCCAGAUUCUGCUUUUGAAGCAACUCAAUAUUUCUUUGAAGACAUCACACCAGAGUGUACACAUGUUGUUGGAGUAGAUGGCAGGAACAAGCAUGGAUCAGAGGAAGGAUUUGUUAAUGUGAGCGUGAAAACUGAAAAAGGUAAGAAGAACUCUCAGGAAAACAGAAAUUACCUUAGAAUGUGGAGCCAAGAGAAUAAAUCCAAAGCAAAGAAUACAAAGGACUUGCCAAAAUUAAAUCAGGGUCAGUUUAUUGAAUUAUGCAAGACAAUGUAUAAUAUGUUCAGCGAAGACCCCAAUGAGCAGGAUCUUUACCAUGCUACUGCAGCCGUGACAAGUUUGCUUCUGGAGAUUGGUGAGGUUGGUAAGUUGUUUAGUGCCCAGCCUUGUAAGGAGGCUGAAAAUGGCAGCAAAGUUAUUCAGAACACACUGCUUCAGAAGAAAGGGAGCCAGCAGUAUCACCUUGAACAACGAGAUCCUUUUCAAGAUGGUUUCCUUGCUGAUGAAGAAGAGAACAUCUGUGGUGAUGGUUCACAAAUGGAGGAUAUUAAGCUGGAAGAUUCUUCGCCACGGGAUAAUGGAGCUGGCUCUUCCAUGCUGAUUUCUGAUGAUGAUACAAAAGAUGACAGCUCUAUGUCUUCCUAUUCUGUCCUAAGUGCAGGCUCUCAUGAGGACGACAAGCUGCAUUGCGAGGAUAUCGGCGAGGACACCGUUCUGGUCCGAAGUAGCAACCCAGCUUCCCUGCCCAGAAGUACCAGCAUUGACAGAGACUGGGCCAUCACCUUUGAGCAGUUUCUGGCUUCACUCUUGACUGAACCAGCCCUUGUGCGGUACUUUGACAAGCCAGUGUGUAUGAUGGCAAGGAUUACUAAUGCCAAGAAUGUGCGGAUGAUGGGCAAACCCAUCAUAUCUGCAAGUGACUAUGAAAUCUCUGCUAUGUCAGGCUAGGCAGAUGAGAUAGAGAGGUGUUUUUAAGAGAAAAAAAUAGCUUUUUAUGACAUAUUUAUUACUGCCUGGCACUGAUCCUGCUGUUUUCAAAACAUGGUAGUUCUUGCUCAUGUGAACUUGUUGGGAUGUAAAUCCAUAUUUACCUUGACUUAUUAUGUUCUUCUCUGUAUGGCAAAUAUUACCACAAAGCUUGUCCUAGCCAGUAUACAUGGGGUGGGUGGUGGGAUAAUUGUCAGUGCUGUGUAUAUUAUUAGCCUUGCUGUCCAUGGAUGAAUGGCAACAAAUUAUUCACCUUGCACACAACAAGGUGUAGGCUUUCCAAUAAAGCCUGAAAUCUUGAGAGCAGUGAAGGAACUGGAAGAAAUCAGAAUGUCACAAACGCCAUGUGAGCUACAGUGAGGACCUCUGUGGCACGAAGAUUUUCACCAUCCAGUUUGGAAUUAGUCUACCUUUUGUUCAUAUAGAGCUUAUUGCCUCAUUAAUGUAGAUGUCAAAAUGAAAGCCUCCACAAAUCAAUUGUGUGCUAAAGCUUCAGUGAUCACGAAGGAACAGUAAAGUGAGGAGAAAGAAAUAGAAAGGGAUACUGUUAACUUGUUUAGGAUUCAAAGUGAGUUCUGUGCAGCAUUCCUGGUGGAUGUCUCUCUCUAUAAUUUUUUAAAAGAGGCUUGUGAUUUCUAAUAUUUUUUAAAAUACAUUCUUCAGGGAUCCUGCUAAGGACUUUUCUUGACAAUGGUCACUGUCCUCACCUAAACAAUUCAUAGUACCCCUUUUUAAAAUGAGAGGAUUUUAUAAUGUAGAUAAUUCCUAGUGUUGACAUUUUAAACCAAACAUUAUCAUGAAUAUAACAUAUCGUAGAUUAAGAAUUCAUAGCCAAAUUGCUUAAAUCUUCAUUUAAAACAUUGUGAUUAGCAGGAAUGUAAUCUGAAAAAAAAUCUGCAAGGAAAUGUAACUGAAUGUUUGAAAGUCUUAAUGAAUGAAAACACUGUCACUUUAUUAUAGAUUAUAAUGUAUAAUGUAAUUUUCUGAAUAAGUUGAAUGACAAAUGGAGCACCUGCACUUUGAAUCUUUACUUCUUUUCCAGAACCGUUAAGUGGACACAGUUCAAUACUACAGUGCACAGCUUCCCACACAUAAAGAUUACCACACACUCAGUAGCCCAUUUCCCCUGUUCCAUACUGCUUCUGCAGGAAAGCAGAAGACUGCUUCAUUGAGCGUAUGGCAAUCGUAUAAAUGUGGGCACCGUGUCCACCAUAGGAAUGGAUUGGGCCCAGUCAUUUAAAAAAUGUGUUAGCUGGUUUUUAAUUCACAAAUAAUUAAUCCAAAUCGUUCUUACAUGCUUGUACUUCAUUUGCGGCCUUCAAAAAUAUUUGCAUUACUGUUGUUUUAUAUAUUGUAUAUUAUGAUCGUGUGACUUUUCCAGGUUUUUUUAGCCAAAGCUUUGCUUUCUUAUUAAAGAUAUUUAACUGUCUCUAAAAUGUUUUAACCACAGUAGGUAAAUGUGAACAAGCAUCUUUUUGUUUUUUUAAAGAGGACAUUAAACUAAUACCUGAUUGAAAACUGUGGCUGCUUUUUCAUGGUAUAAGUUAACUCUUCUAGUGUGAACUGAGUGGCCAAAAUCUUGUUGUGUAUGUCACACCUGUAGAAGGGAGAGUACACCAUUGGUGGGGGAGAUUUCUAGUAAUUACUCUUUUUUUCUGCCUUUGGCUUGUCCAACUUGUGAGUAAUCAAUUUAAUUUCCUGGAAGCUGAGGGAUAGAAGGAGGAAGUAUUUGAUUACUGAAAACUUCUCCCAGUUGAUUUUGUCACCUUUCUGUAGCUGUAACUUAUACAACAGGAUUUUUUUUACAAACAAAAACAACUAAAUUUAAAGUGUAUUACCUUUAAUGUAUGUUAAAAGAUUUUUUUUAAUGAAGAGCACAAGGUAUGAUUGUUUCCUUGGCACUGAGCAAAUGGCCAAGGCUAUGUGGCUUUUUUGUAGGCUGUAUUAUUCAGGUGUGGUAUUUGGAAUCUCCCCCUCCUCAAAAUUUCAUCUUCAGAGUAAAAACCUCAUGUAUUACACAUUUUUAGCCCUUUGGGCAGCACAGGAUCUGAAAUUAAUUAAAGUGCUAAAGCUAAUGCAAGACAUUAAUCACAAGAAGAAUGCAUGAACUGACUUCAUUAUUACAAAGGAACUUUACUGGUUAGUAUUACAAACUUCAAUUCCAGAUCAUCAUUGGUAGUCAUUGCUGUAUGUGUGGAAAUCAUCACUGCACAGCAUGCCUGAUCUGUGUUUCACAGGAAUAAUGUCAGUAUUCUAGCCAAAACACUGAUAGACAUUAUCUGCUAAAUUCCUGCAGCAAAAUGGUUGUUAGAAAGAGCAAGUCAUACUUGCUUAAGCAGAAAAAUGCAAUAGCAAUAAAAUAAGAAGCUUUAAUAUGUUUUUAAAAUUGUAUAUUAGAAUCUAGGGCAAAUUUAUUGGCUCAUCCUCCUUUACCUUCUACUGAAUCUAAAGAAUAUUUAACCUUGUUAUUGGAUGGGGACUGUACACUCCUAUACCCACUUUAUGCCUCAAGCUGUCCAGGAAUUAUACAAACUAUUACCUUUUUUUCAGUCAGUUUUUCUCUUAUUCUAGGGCAUCAAAGAUGGGAAGGGUCUCUCCAAGGUAAGAUAACAUUGGGCACAAACUCGCUCACUUGAUAAUGAAGGAUGAAUGAUACUGCCACUAGGAACCUUUUAAAGGUAGCUGAAUCAGAGGUGGAAGGGACUAGUAAUAGUAAUCUUAGAACUGGAAGGGCUCUUAUGGAUCAA